UACCUCAUCCUGUCGGUUGAGUUGAGUGAGUGUCAGUCGCGAGAGGCAGCAGACCGCUCAUGGGCUGUGACACGGGUGUUUCUGUUCCUAUAUCCAGGCUUUUCUAAAAUCGGGACAAUGGUGUUGAGGCGGUUAAGGAAUUCGCCCUCGAUGGUUCGGCUCAUGAAUCCCCGGUUGUGCUUGCUGUGGUGCGGGGGAGCGGCCCUCGUGCUCCUGCUGCUGUUGGCGACGAGGCCCAAGGAAGAUGAGAUGGAGGGCAUCGGAGACCCCGUCAAAGGGGCUGCCAGGGCCCUCCACCAGGCGGCUGCGGCCCUCCUCCCCCCACCUGCAUCCCCAGGAGUUUCUCCACCCCUCCUCCAGAAACCGCAGGAUGCCAACAGAGCAGCCGCCGGAGCUAGCGCCUGCGCCCGUGGCAAGUGGGUGGAGGGGCUGCCACCGUUGUACAUUAUAACCCCAACAUACCCACGGGCAGAACAGAUCCCCGAGCUCACAAGAACAGCCCAAACGCUCAUGAACGUACCCAACGUAGUGUGGAUUGUGUCAGAGGACGCGCCUGUGCCUACCCAAGCGGUCGUCAAUUACCUAAAUGAAACUGGACUGAAGACUGUCUACCGGAGAGUAAUGAUGCCAGCUAAAUAUCAGAAGGUAAAAAAUAAGCCUCGAGGCGUCGCCAAUCGCUUAUCCGGCCUAGAAUACAUAAGAGAAAAUGCAAAAGACGGUGUGUUCUACUUUGCUGAUGAUGACAACACGUAUGAUAUAAAGCUUUUUGAACAGAUGAGAUGGACACAGAGGGUAUCAAUGUUUCCUGUUGGAUUGGUGACAAAGCUUGGGGUGUCUUCUCCCAUAGUCCGCGACGGAAGAGUAGUGGGCUUCUAUGAUGGCUGGAUAUCAAAACGAAGAUUCCCCUGUGAUAUGGCUGGGUUUGCAGUCAGUGUUCAGUAUUUUCUUGAGCGACCAAAAGCCACAAUGCCUUUCAAGGUGGGCUUUGAGGAGGAUGGUUUUUUAAGAAGUUUGGGAAUAAAACCACAUGAGAUUGAACCAUUGGCAUUUAACUGCACAAAGAUUUGGGUAUGGCAUACACAGACUAAGAAAAAUCAACCUGCAUUACCAGUAGUUCAAAAUAAGAUGACAGUUGGAACAAACUUGGACAUCCUUAAAACUAAAUUGUGGAGAGGCAACGGAACAACACAAGGAAAAGUGCCCAGUAAUGGUAUUAAGAUGGUGUAAAUCGUUCUUAUCCAGUUUUAUCGGCUUCAAGAAAAUGUGAUAAUUCAUGGUACAGUACUGUAAUCAUUAGUCACCACAGUCUGGAUUUCUUCCUACUGUGUAUAUAUGCUAAUCACAAAGUGCCUUUGAUGACUGAGAAUAGUUCCUAUAGUGGAUAUUCUAAGUGUCCCUCUUUUGUAUUAUAAAUCUGAUUUCAAUUGUAUGGUGACUAUCAGAAUAUUAUCAUGCAUGUGUGCCGGGAUGAGGGAUUUAAGAAGGGUGGGUAUAAGUCUGUGUAUUGGUAUUCACUUUUGUGUACCGGUACUAAUGUUGAUAUUUUUUCUAUUUGACUAUACAGUAUGUGUUGUAUUUAUUUUAUUUGUGGCCAUAUUUACUAGUUAUCAAAUACUCACCAGUCCAUAUAAUGAACAUUGAGUACUUGGAAUAGAGUGCAUAUUUUUUGUGGCUUUGAAUAAAAAAGGGGGGGAGGAAGUUGUAUGAGAAAUUGGUAAAGGUGCUAUUUGGAAUAGCAAUUUAAUUCUUGUUAAAUUUCCUUCUUUUUAGUUGGGAUAUAUGUGUACUAUAUUUUGUUAUAAAACACAUUUUAUUUGUAUUUACUUUUUACCUAAUGAAACAAUAUCCCUAAAUUGAAUUGUAAUUAGAACCAUAAUUAUUGACUGUAUACUUAAAGAGGAAUAGGAUAAUUGUUCUUAAUAUUUCCCAAUCAUGAUUUAAGAUAAGAAAAUUGUCUUGUUUUUCUCUUUGGGAAUUUUGCAAUAUAUCUGCUUGUGCUCAACAUUUUGCAAUAUUGCAUAGAUAGUGCUUCUUAGUUGAAUCAUUAUAAGUCUUUUUAAAAUUAUAUAGCAGACACUUGCACAUAUACUUAACUAAAAUGUAUUCUCAAAUUAUAUAUAUAUACUAUCUUUGUAAUAUUUCAGUUCCACUAGAUGAGCAAUAACUGUUUCUCUUUAACUAUUCAUGAAAAUAUAGGUCCCAUUCUAGCUUCUAAUGUUUGUAAAUGAAGAAAAGAUAUAAAUGAGAAUUAACAUCUUGUAAGAGAUGUAUUUGACUGUUUUUCAUUGUAUUUUUGUCAGAAAUACAUGUAUUUCUGAUGAAGAUACAAUUAAAGCCUAUCAAAUACAUUUCUUGCAUUGUGUAGAUAUUCAUUCUCAUUAAUACCUCUUCUACAUUUGUCACAAUGAAUGCUGGUCAGUGUUUGUAUAUGAUUUUAAUAACCACAGCUUGUGAAGCCAGGGGACAAAAAAACGUAGCAUGUUCAGUAUAAAGCAUAAAAAUAAAGCCAUGGUGAGAAAAGAGCAUUUAAUCUAUAUACAGAUUUUAAAUGAAUUUAUAUGAAAAAUAUAUGUAGCACACUAAAUAUACAUUGAUGAAUGAAAACUUUUCAGUAAUAAUUGACUCUAAUUACAAAGUAGCUGUUGUAGUAUAGAUAAUUGUUUGUGGCUGUGAAGAAAGUAAAGCAUUUAUAGGUUAAAGUAUGCCAUCUUGAUUUCAAUUACAAGUUUUGUUAACUACACAAAAACACACACACACACA